CCCUCCCCUCCUUUUCCCCAACAUGGCUGCCGUAUCUGCUCUCUCAUGUAACGCUCAGCUUGGAGACUGACUCGACUCUUACCUUCCACUGUCCUCCUCCACUCCCGGUUGCACUCCACCGUCGCUCGGAUGCAAACCCCGUCCUCCGACCUCUUCGUGUCCCCCGGUGUCAUCCAUUGGAAUAACCUUCAGCCCUCUCUCUGCCCCCCCCCACCACCACCACCGGGCCUUUCUUUUUACCCCCCCAGAAAAACAACCAACUGCCGGGCAACAACAGCUCUUCUUCAGCCAGUGCAAUGGUUUGACUUUCCCUUCUCCAUGAACAAUGUGCGAAAACUGCGCCGAGCUGGUGGAGGUUUUAAAUGAAAUAUCGGAUGCAGACAGCAGUGAAGGAGGCUUCCAGCUGAAGAAGGAACAUGCCCUGCGAGUGCUGGGCUACAUCAGCUCCUGGACGCAGAGACAAUGUCUCUGCUGCUUCAAGGAGUACAAGCACCUGGAGGUCUUCAACCAGCUGGUCUACGCCCUCAUCAACCUGGUCAUCGCUCAGAUCAGCAGCCUGAGAGACCGCCUCUGCAGCGUCCAGGACCACACUCAUAAAGGAGGCGUGUCUGGGACUGAUGGGGUGGGGUCCGAUUGGAGUGGGGGCGAGGCUGCACCCGGGGCCCUCGCCCAGCCGUCCUCACCUGGGGAGGACGAACCCGUGAAUGUGGAGAGAGACUCUGCCGAAGAGGACGCCGACGCCCCCGACCUGAACCAGAAUAAGACCCAGGGUCAGGGGGCCAACCAGCCGUGUGAAGCGCAGAUGGAAGCGCUGGGGCCCGGGGAGGGCGGCAGUGGGUCUGGGGGUGGUGAUGGUGGUAUCGGAGGAAACGGUGACAGCCAGGACCCGUUCAGCUCCUGGAGCACAGAGGAGAGGGAGAAACUGCUGUUGUGUGCCGCCAAGAUCUUCCAGAUCCAGUUCCCUCUCUACACAGCCUACAAACACAACACACACCCCACUAUAGAGGACAUAUCUGCUCACGAAAGCAACAUCCUCGGCUCCUUCUGCGACAUGAACGACGUGGAGGUGCCUCUGCAUCUGCUGCGUUACGUGUGUCUGUUCUGCGGGAAGCACGGCCUCUCCCUGAUGAAGGAGUGCUUCGAGUCGGGCACUCCAGAGAGCCUCCCCUUCCCCAUCGCCCACGCCUUCAUCACCAUCGUCUCCAAUAUCCGAAUAUGGUUGCACAUUCCUGCGGUCAUGCAGCACAUCAUACCGUUCCGCACCUAUGUAAUACGGUAUCUGUGUAAGCUGUCGGACCAGGAGCUGCGGCAGAGCGCGGCGCGCAACAUGGCCGACCUGAUGUGGAGCACGGUGAAGGAGCCGCUGGACAGCGCGCUGUGCUUCGACAAGGAGAGCCUGGACCUCGCCUUCAAAUACUUUAUGUCCCCCACGCUCACCAUGAGGCUGGCAGGACUCAGCCAAAUCACAAACCAACUACACACCUUCAAUGACGUCUGCAACAACGAGUCACUGGUGUCCGACACAGAAACGUCCAUAGCGAAGGAGCUAGCUGAUUGGCUGAUCCACAACAAUGUGGUGGAGCACAUAUUCGGACCAAAUUUGCACAUUGAGAUCAUUAAACAGUGCCAAGUGAUCCUGAACUUCUUGGCUGCAGAGGGCCGACUCAGCACGCAGCAUGUGGACUGUAUUUGGGCAGCAGCUCAGCUGAAACACUGUAGCCGUUACAUCCACGACCUUUUCCCUUCACUCAUCAAAAACCUGGACCCAGUGCCUCUCCGCCACGUCCUCAACCUGGUGUCAGGCCUGCACCCCAGCGCACACACCGAGCAGACGUUGUACCUGGCCUCCAUGCUGAUCAAGGCUCUGUGGAACAACGCCCUGGCAGCCAAAGCCCAGCUCUCCAAACAGAGCUCCUUCGCCUCCCUGCUCAACACCAACAUCCCCAUGGGCAACAAAAAAGGUUCACCAGCCGCCAGUCCGGACAGCAGUGACAACAGCGACACGCAGCACAGCGGAGGCAGCGACAUGGAGAUGGACGACCAGAUGAUGACCGGCAGCAAGAGGAGCCAGCAGAGGCUGUCUGACACAGAGGAGUCGAUGCAGGGCAGCUCUGAUGAGACGGCCAACAGCGUGGAGGAAGGCAGCAGCGGGCCCGGCAGCAGUAGCGGCCGCAGCGAGGCCUCCAGCAACGAAGCCGCAUCCAGCCGAGCCAGCCAAUCAGCCGGGAGCCCCGGCAGCGAGAUGCACUCAGACGACAUGGCGGACAGCGAGGCCUUAAAGGAGGAGGAGGAGGACGAUGAAGAGGAAGACGACGAGGAGGACGAUGACGACGAUGAGGAGGACGAAGACGAGGGGAACCGGUCGGCUGCCGAAGGCGGGCAGCAGAAGGAGCCCAGGGAGCAGACGGAGUCGAGGAAGAGGAAGGCGGGGGAGGCGCUCGGCGAGGGGUCGAGCCAGGGAGCGGGGCCCAGUGGUUCAGGGGGCGGGGCCAAGCCCAAGGUUCUCCCCUUCAACCCAGAGACUUCUGCUGUCAUGGUUACGGCAGCAUCAACGUCACUGGAGGGCCGGAUGAGGAUGUUGGACUCGUGUUCUGCGUCGUCCUCCACUCGGCCCGAUGGGACGGAGCCCCAGCAGCAGCCCUCAGACAUCGGCCCCUCACAGAUGGUCCAGGGGCCUCAGGAACCUCCGUGCCUGCCGCGGCCCGGGGACUUCCUGGGGGAGGCCAUGGGCAGUGAGCUCUUCAACUGCCGGCGCUUCAUUGGCCCACAGCACCACCACCAUCACCAUCAUCACCACCACCAUCAUGAAGGUCCCAUGGUGGAGGACAUGCUCAGCGCCGACGAUGUGAGCUGCAGCAGCUCCCAGGUCAGUGCCAAGUCGGAGAAGAACAUGGCCGACUUCGACGGCGAGGAGUCGGGCUGUGAGGAGGAGCUGGUCCAGAUCAACUCCCAUGCUGAGCUCAGCUCACACCUCCAGCAGCACCUCCCCAACCUGGCCUCCAUCUACCACGAGCACCUGGUGCAAGGUCCGGCUGUCCAUAAGCACCAGUACUCCAGCAGCCACGCUGUGACUGACAUCAACCUAGACAACGUUUGUAAGAAGGGCAACACGCUGCUGUGGGACCUGGUCCAGGACGAGGACGCGAUUCAUCUGUCCGAGGGUCUGAUCAAUGAAGCAGAAAAGCUGUUGUGUUCACUCGUCUGUUGGUUCACUGACAGACAGAUCCGAAUGCGCUUCAUCGAGGGUUGCCUUGACAACUUAGCCCACCACAGGUCUGUUGUGGUUUCCUUGCGCCUGUUACCCAAACUUUUUGGCACUUUUCAGCAAUUUGGCUCCAGCUACGACACCCACUGGAUCACCAUGUGGGCUGAGAAGGAGCUGCACAUGAUGAAGCUGUUCUUCGACAACCUGCAGCACUACAUCCAGGAGGUCCGGGAACACCGGCACAAGUUUGCACUGUACAGCCACAGUGCGGAGGUCCAAGUCCGUCUGCAGUUCCUCACCUGCGUCUUCUCCACACUGGGAUCUCCAGACCACUUCAGGCUGAGUCUGGAGCAGGUGGACAUCCUGUGGCACUGCCUGGUGGAGGACGUCGAGUGCUACGACGACGCGCUGCACUGGUUCCUCAAUCAGGUCCGCAGCAAGGACCAGCAUGCUAUGGGCAUGGAGACCUACAAACAUCUGUUCCUGGAGAAGAUGCCCCAGCUGAAGCCAGAGACUAUCAGCAUGACGGGCCUCAACCUCUUUCAGCACCUCUGUAACUUGGCCCGCCUCGCCACCAGUGCUCUGGACAACGCCUCCAGCUGUGAGCUGUGUGGGAUGGACCAGCUGUGGGGGAUCGCUCUGAGAGCUCAGUCUGCCGAUAUCAGCCGCGCCGCCAUCCAGUACAUCAACUCCUACUACAUCAACGCUGGUAAGACGGGCCUGGAGAAGGAGCAGGAGUUCAUCAGGAAGUGUAUGGAGAGUCUGCUGAUGGCUUCAGCCAACCUGGAGAAGGACGCCCUCUCCAGCCUGACCAGCAUCGAGAGGGGGUUGCUCAUGCUCAAAACACACCUGGAGGCCUUCCGACGCAGGUUUGCGUACCACCUGCGGCAGUGGCAGAUCGAGGGGACGGGGAUCAGCAGCCACCUGAAGGCUCUGAGCGACAAACAGUCUCUGCCGCUCAGGAUCGUCUGUCAGCCCGCCGGCCUUCCUGACAAGAUGACGAUUGAGAUGUACCCCAGCGACCAGGUAGCAGACCUGCGAGCUGAGGUCACCCACUGGUACGAGAACCUGCAGAAGGAGCAGAUGAACCAGCAGGCUCAGCUGCAGGAGUUCGGCCAGAGCGGCCGGCAGCCAGGAGACUUCCCAGGUGGUUUGAUGGGACCAGUCAGGAUGAUCUCCUCCGGCCACGAGCUGACCACAGACUACGACGAGAAGACUCUGCAUGAGCUGGGCUUCAAAGACAUGCAGAUGGUGUUUGUGUCUCUGGGAGCUCCGCGGAGGGAGAGGAAGGGGGAGGGCAUCCAGCUGCCGGCCUCCUGUCUGCCUCCUCCCCAGAAGGAGCACAUCCCGAUGCUCCUGCUCCUCCAGGAGCCGCACCUCACCACACUGUUCGACCUGCUGGAGAUGCUGGCCUGCUUCAAACCGCCCAGCCCCAACACCGAGAAGGUCCACGAAAAUCCUGAGAGUGCACGGUGUGAGGAGCUUCACCUCCAUGCUGAGAAUCUGUCUCGUCGGGUCUGGGAGCUGCUGAUGCUCCUUCCCACGUGUCCCAAGAUGCUGCAGGCCUUCCAGAACAUCUCUGACGACGCGAACGGUGAGGGUCUGUGCUGGAAGGAGCUGCUGAGGAUAAAAAGUCCCCACAAGCUGCUGUACGCUCUGGAGAUCAUCGAGGCUCUGGGCAAACCCAACAGACGCAUCCACCGGGAGUCCACUGGCAGCUACAGCGAUCUGUAUCCAGACUCUGACGACUCCAGUGAGGAUCAGAUAGAAAACAGCAAGAACACGUGGAGCUGCAAGUUUGUUUCGUCUGGAGGUCUUCAGCUGCUCCUGGAGAUCUUCAACUCGGGCAUCCUGGAGCCUAAAGACCAGGAGUCCUGGACUGUGUGGCUGCUGGACUGCCUGGCCUGCCUGCUGAAGUUGAUUUGCCAGUUUGCGGUGGACCCCGCAGACCUGGACCUGGCCUACCACGACGUCUUCUCCUGGUCCGGCCUCGCCGAAAGCCAACGCAAGCGGGCGUGGCCGGGCAAAUCACGCAAGUCCACCGUAGAGCACGGGAAAGGCCUGCACAUCCCUCGGCUCACUGAGGUGUUCCUCAGCCUCGUACAGGGCACCAACCUCAUCCAACGUUUGAUCAACGUGGCCUACACCUACGACAACCUCGCACACAGAGUUCUUAAGGCUCAGUCUGACCACAGGUCUCGUCAUGAAGUGACUCACUACUCCAUGUGGCUGCUGGUGAGCUGGGCUCACUGCUCCUCCACGGUAAAGUCCAGUCUGGCCGACAGCGACCACCUUCACGACUGGCUGAAGAAACUCACCCUGCUGGUGCCUGAGCCGGCUGUCAGACACGAGGCGUGUAACGGCCUCUACAAGCUCUCUCUGUCGGGGUUGGAGGGCGGAGAGUCCAUCAACAGAUCCUUCCUGCUUCUCGCUGCCUCCACGCUCCUCAAGUUCCUGCCUGACGCACAGGCCCUCAAACCACUGAGGGUGGAGGACUAUGAAGAGGAGCCUCUGUUACGGACGGGCUGUAAAGAAUACUUCUGGCUGCUCUGUAAACUCAUCGACAACAUCCACGUUAAAGACGCCAGCCAGAAGGUCUCUCCCUCUCUGUCGCUGGCCGGCUCGAUGCAGACCACCCUGCUGGACCUGGACGCUCUCGCCCGGCACCUCGCCGACUGCAUCAGGAGCCGUGAGAUCCUGGACCAGCAGGACGGGACGAUCGAGGACGACGGGCUGACCGGCCUCCUGCGUCUCGCCACCAGCGUCCUCAAACACAAGCCUCCCUUCAAGUUCUCCCGCGAGGGUCAGGAGUUCCUGCGGGACGUCCACAACCUCCUUUUCCUCCUGCCCAGCCUGGCAGACCGCGCUCAGCCCAAAUGCAAGUCCCACGCUGCCCGGGCCGCCGCCUACGACCUGCUGGUGGAGACGGUGAAGGGCUCGGUGGAGAACUACCGGCUGCUCCACAACUGGGUUAUGUCACAGCACAUGCAGGCCUCUCACGCCCCGUACAAGUGGGACUACUGGCCUCACGACGACGUUCGGGCCGAGUGCCGAUUCGUGGGUCUGACUAACCUGGGAGCAACCUGUUACCUGGCCUCCACCAUCCAGCAGCUCUACAUGAUCCCCGAGGCCCGCCAGGCCGUCUUCACGGCCAAGUACGCUGAGGAUAUCAAACACAAGACCACGCUGCUGGAACUGCAGAAGAUGUUCACAUAUCUCAUGGAGAGCGAGCGGAAAGCGUACAACCCCCGGCCGUUCUGUAAAACGUACACUAUGGACAAACAGCCUCUCAACACUGGGGAGCAGAAAGACAUGACCGAGUUCUUCACCGACCUCAUCACAAAGAUAGAGGAGAUGUCCCAGGAGCUGAAAAACACAGUGAAGACUCUGUUUGGAGGUGUCAUCACCAACAAUGUGGUCUCUCUGGACUGUGACCACGUCAGUCAGACUGCAGAGGAGUUUUACACUGUCAGAUGUCAGGUGGCGGAUAUGAAGAACAUCUACGAAUCUUUGGAUGAGGUGACCAUCAAGGACACUCUGGAGGGCGACAACAUGUACACCUGCUCCCAGUGUGGCAAGAAGGUUCGCGCAGAGAAAAGAGCGUGUUUCAAAAAGCUGCCCCGGAUCCUGAGUUUCAACACCAUGAGAUACACCUUCAACAUGGUGACGAUGAUGAAGGAGAAGGUCAACACCCACUUCUCCUUCCCACUGCGCCUCGACAUGACGCCCUACACCGAGGACUUCCUCAUGGGCAAAGGAGAGCGCAAAGAGGGUUUUCGGGAAGAAGGCGAGGCAAAAAUCACAGAGAGCUACGAGUACGACCUCAUCGGCGUCACGGUGCACACGGGCACAGCAGACGGCGGCCAUUACUACAGCUUCAUUAGAGACAUCGUCAACCCUCACGCCUACAAGAACAACAAGUGGUACCUGUUCAACGAUGCGGAGGUGAAGCCCUUCGACUCGGCGCAGCUGGCCUCUGAGUGCUUCGGUGGAGAAAUGACGACUAAAACCUACGACUCCGUCACUGACAAGUUCAUGGAUUUCUCCUUUGAGAAGACACACAGUGCCUACAUGCUCUUCUAUAAAAGAGUGGAGCUGGAGGAGGAGAACGGGAAGGACUUUAGUUUUGACGUCUCUCCUGACCUGCUGGAGUGGAUUUGGCACGACAACAUGCAGUUCCUCCAGGAUAAAAAUAUAUUUGAACACACAUACUUUGGUUUCAUGUGGCAGCUCUGCAGCAGCAUCCCCAGCACUCUACCAGACCCUAAAGCCGUCUCCCUCAUGACUGCUAAGCUCAGCACAUCAUUUGUCCUUGAGACUUUUAUUCACUCCAAGGAGAAGCCCACCAUGCUGCAGUGGAUUGAACUCCUGACCAAACAGUUCAACAACAGCCAGGCGGCCUGCGAGUGGUUUUUGGAUCGGAUGGCAGAUGACAACUGGUGGCCGAUGCAGAUCCUCAUAAAGUGCCCCAAUCAGAUUGUCAGACAAAUGUUCCAGAGGUUGUGUAUUCACGUCAUCCAGAGGCUGCGUCCGGUUCAUGCUCACCUCUACCUGCAGCCCGGCAUGGAGGACGGCUCUGACGACAUGGACGGUCCGGUGGAGGACAUCGGCAGCCGAUCCUGCGUCACUCGCUUCGUUAAGACCCUGCUGUCCAUCAUGGAGCACGGCGUCAAGCCCCACAGCAAACACCUGACCGAGUACUUCGCCUUCCUCUACGAGUUCGCCAAGAUGGGAGAGGAGGAGGUCGGUCCGAACUUCUACAGUUUGAUCUUUGAGUCUGAAAGAUGUUUGUCCACUCAGCCAAAAACCUCGUCAGUGAGUCAGUUCUUGUUGUCACUACAAGCCAUUUCAAUCAUGGUGCAUUUCUACAUGGGAACCAAAGGACCUGAGAAUCCUCAGGUGGAGGUGCUUUCGGAGGAGGAAGGAGAGGAGGAGGACGAGGAGGAAGACAUCUUGUCCCUGGCGGAGGAGAAGUAUCGUCCUGCAGCUCUGGAGAAGAUGAUCGCCCUCAUCGCUCUGCUGGUGGAGCAGUCUCGCUCUGAGAGACACCUGACUCUGUCCCAGAGCGACAUGGCGGCGCUGACCGGAGGGAAAGGCUUCCCCUUCCUCUUCCAGCACAUCAGAGAUGGCAUCAACAUCAGGCAGACCUGCAACCUCAUCUUCAGCCUCUGUCGCUAUAACAACCGCCUGGCCGAGCACAUUGUGUCAAUGCUCUUCACCUCCAUCGCUAAGCUGACUCCUGAGGCUGCUAAUCCUUUCUUCAAGCUGCUGACGAUGCUGAUGGAGUUUGCGGGCGGACCCCCGGGAAUGCCCUCGUUCGCCUCCUACAUCCUCCAGAGGAUCUGGGAGGUGAUCGAGUACAACCCGUCUCAGUGUCUGGACUGGCUGGCUGUCCAGACUCCCAGGAACAAACUGGCCCACAGCUGGGUCCUGCAGAACAUGGAGAACUGGGUGGAGCGCUUUCUGCUGGCCCACAACUACCCCCGAGUCCGCACCUCUGCGGCGUACCUCCUCGUCUCCCUCAUCCCCAGCAACUCCUUCCGCCAGAUGUUUCGCUCCACGCGCUCCCUCCACCUACCGACCCGUGAGCUGCCGCUGUCGCCCGACACCACCGUGGUCCUCCACCAGGUCUACAACCUGCUGCUGGGGCUGCUGGGACGUGCCAAGCUCUACGUAGAUGCCAGCGUUCACGGCACCACCAAGCUGGUUCAGUACUUCAGCUUCAUGACCUACUGCCUCAUCUCUAAGACGGAGAAACUCAUGUUCUCUGGUUACUUUAUGGACCUCUGGAACCUCUUCCAGCCCAAACUAUCGGAGCCGGCCAUCGCCACCAACCACAACAAGCAGGCACUGCUGUCCUUCUGGUACAACAUGUGCGUGGACUGUCCGGAGAACGUGCGCCUGGUGGUGCAGAACCCCGUGGUGACCAAGAACAUCGCCUUCAACUACAUCCUGGCCGACCAUGACGACCAGGAGGUGGUGCUCUUCAACCGCGGCAUGCUGCCCGCCUACUACGGCAUCCUGCGCAUGUGCUGCGAGCAGUCGCCCGCCUUCACCCGUCAGCUCGCCUCGCACCAGAACAUCCAGUGGGCCUUCAAGAACCUGACGCCACACGCCAGCCAGUACCCCGGGGCGGUGGAGGAGCUCUUCAACCUGAUGCAGCUGUUUGUGGCGCAGCGAGCCGACAUGAGAGAAGAAGAGCUGGAGGACGUCAAACAGUUCAAGAAAACCACCAUCAGCUGCUACCUGCGCUGCCUGGAUGGCCGCUCCUGCUGGACCACGCUCAUCAGUGCCUUCAGGGUUCUGCUGGAGAAUGACGAGGACCGGCUGCUGGUGGUCUUCAACAGAGGACUCAUCCUUAUGACUGAAUCCUUCAACACUCUGCACAUGAUGUACCACGAGGCGACAGCGUGUCACGUCACUGGAGACCUGGUGGAGCUGCUCUCCAUCUUCCUGUCUGUCCUCAAAGCCACCAGGCCGUACCUGCAGCGCAAAGAUGUGAAGCAGGCUCUGAUCCAGUGGCAGGAGAGGAUCGACUUCGCCCACAAGCUGCUCACACUCCUCAACUCCUACAGCCCGCCAGAGCUCCGUAACGCCUGCCUGGACGUGCUGAAGGAACUGGUUCUGCUGAGUCCACAUGACUUCCUGCACACUCUGGUCCCCUUCCUGCAGCACAACCACUGCACCUACCACCACAGCAACAUCCCCAUGUCGUUCGGCCCCUACCUGCCCUGCAGAGAGAACAUCAAGCUGAUGGGAGCCAAGAAUAACAUCCGACCCCCGAGACCGGAGCUCAACAUGUGUCUGCUGCCCUCCAUGGUGGAGAGCAGCAAGGGUAAAGACGAGGUGUACGACCGCAUGCUGCUGGAUUACUUCCUGUCCUACCACCAGUUCAUCCACCUGCUGUGUCGCGUCGCAAUCAACUGCGAGAAAUUCACCGACACACUCGUCAAACUCAGCGUGUUGAUAGCGUAUGAAGGACUUCCUCUUCACCUCGCUCUCUUCCCCAAGCUGUGGACGGAGCUCUGUCAGUCUCAGUCUGUCCUGGCUAAAACGUGUGUGAAGCUGCUGUGUGAGGAUCCGGCCUUCAGCGAGUACAUCAAGUGCAUCCUGAUGGACGAGAGGACGUUUCUCAACAACAACGUGGCCUACUCCUUCCUCACCUGCUUCCUGCACAAGGUCCAGGUGCUGUCCGGUCCCAGCUGCUCCAACCUGAUUGGCGUUCUGGUGACGAACCUGCUGAAUGAACAGAGCAGCCUGCAGCCGGAGCUGGCAGCUCACCGCCUGGAGCUCAGCAAGACCAGCGGCCUGCUCAACGCCGACCUGAGGGCGUUGGUGUUGCUGCUCUCCGUCCAGCCUCCUCAGGCCGUUGACCCGGCUCUCUGCCCCGCCCUGCAGGAGCUGUUGGGUCGCUGUCGUGUUUGUGUCCAGCAGCGCAGCGCUCUGGAGCUCGAGGCCAAGGACCACAAGGCCAAAGCUGAGGACGAAGGAGCGACCCCGGUGAAGCGGCGGCGGGUGAGCAGUGAUGACGACAGAGCCGGUGAUGCCGCGGCGCCGCUCUGCGUGGCCUCCACCUCCUCCUCUUCCUCCUCCUCCUCCUCGGCCCUCCCGCCCUGCAGCGAGCCGAAGCCCGACCACCAGGAGGCGCUGACGCCCACCAGCACCUCGGACACGGAGACGCGGGACUCCUCCUCGCUGAUCGACCCGGGCACGGAGCAGGACCCGCCCUCUCCUGACCCCGCCCCCACCUCCUCUGGGAACCUGGACUCCUCCCCGAAAGAGGAGAAAAUGGAGGCCUCUUCAUCGUCAUCCUCCUCGUUCUCCUCCUCCUCCUCCCUGUUGCAGGAGGCGGGGGAGGGCUUUGUGCAGGGGGAGGAGGCCGAGCCGCAGCGCCACAUGGCGGGGGGAGAAGAGGAGGAGGCGGAGCAGCGGGAGGGGAGGAGGGGUGAGGCGAUGUCCGCCUCGUCGGAGGAGGUGAAGGAAGAGAAGGAGGCGGGCUCUAAGACCGGCGGCAGCUCGGCCCCGCCCCUCUCCGAGGACGCCGCCUUCCCAUCAGCGCUCGGGCUGACGGGGGAGGGGCCAGAGGGCUGCAGCGGCCACGCCUCCUCCUCCUCUUCCUCCUCCUCCUCCUCCUCCUCGCAGGUGUUUCCGAGCGCCGGCCCCCCGCCCGACAUGCUGGACAUGCUGUACAGGACGGUGGAAGCCACCAUCGCCAUAGUUACCAAACUGUCCGUUAAAGGCCCGCCCUCUUCAUGACAUCAUCAACUCACAGCCGCCAUGAGAUCUUUGACAAAAACUAAUUUUUCUUCUUUUUGUUUUUUUUUUCUCUUUUGGAGAAAUCUGAAUUCUUCAGAGGAAAAAACUUUUUCCUGUUUUUGGUUUUCUGUUUUCUCCUCCUGCUGUUCGUGCUGCUGUCCGUUUGCCUUCUGCUGAUGUUCAGUCGGUCGGUCUUUUCCAGCUUCAGUGGCUCCGCCGUGUCGUCUCUCGCUCUGUACAACUCUGACUCCACGCACAGCCGACCCCCCCACCCCCCCCCAAACCCCCCAACCCCCCUCGUUUGACAAAUAAAGAAAACCAGAAAAAGUCGUACAAGCUAUAGCACAUUUUUUUUCAAAGGGCAAAAAAAAAAGUUUUUGUUUUGUUGGUUUUUUUUUUUGGUGUGUUUUAUACUGAUUUGAAUUUGUUUUGGAAAGUGAUUUUAUUUGCUGUAACGGGGAAAGGUUUACAGAACUUUUGUCUCCUCUGUAUGUAAUUUAAUUUUAUUGCAUUUUUACUGUGUAUAAAAAUGGUCGUCCUCUGUGCCAGUUUUGUACUUUAUGAACGAGGCAAAAAGAAAAGUUGCCUUGACUUUUUCUGUGGUUUAAUUAUCCAGAAACUGAGUUUACCUGUAAAUUAAGAGAACCACAAGAAAACUUGAUUCUGUAAAGAAUCCUCUCUAGUCAUUGCCUGAAGGUGUAUAUGAAAACUAUAUAAAUAUAUAUAUAAAUAUCUUUAUAUAUAUAUGAAUAUAUAAAAAAGCGGUGCUUUAUUUGACUGUGGUUGAAAUAAAGCCCCCAUGUUGGACCAGC